AUGGGAGUCAAAACCAAUUGUAAGGAAAAGUUUCUGUAACUAAUUUCUUAAUGUCUAAAUUGGUUUUGAGUAAAAAGAAAUUGAUCCAAACAUGUUGUAUUAUUCUCUUUAUUAUUGAAGCCUAAAACAAAAUAAAGAAAAAUAAACGAGUGUUUCUUUCUUCCCUUCCUGAAUUUGAUUAGAUAGAUAAGAAAAUAAGUUCCAAGAUGAAUAUUAGCUCAUGUGCAUCAUCUGUUGCAUCAUCAGCCCCUGACUGAGCAUGUGAACAUGAUUAGUUUACUAUAUUGGCUAUGGGAAAUUGGGAAUGGGUUUCAGAUCUUAGAUCUUGGCAUUUAAGACAUGGUCUUGGAAGUUUGCAAAGCUUCAAUAUUUUAGCUGAUGAUAACAUGGUAGAGAGUCAGUUUAUGAAGAAGUACCUGACAUAGGUUCAAAAUAAAAAAAAUGUUGGUCACAUAAUGUAUCUUCCAGGACUUGAAAAAUUGUAUUUUCUAAAUUUGAUUUUCUGUGAACCAGCAGCUUACCAGAGACAUUAUUAUACCUUAGAAUUUCUUCAAGACACUAAUUCAAUUGAACCUUAUGAAGUUAUGAUCCACCGACGCAAUAGCACCUCAUCAAGGUGAUUCUUAUCGUGAUCCAAUAUUGCUUUCUUAAUCCAAUAUUUAAUUUGCAACUCAUAAUAACAUUUCCUAACUUGUGCAUUCUAAAAUUGGAAUUUAAUUAUUGUAUGAUCAAUAGAAAUAUGUCCUGAUUGAUUGUAUUUCCUAAUUUACUGAACGUAAAAUAGGAAACAAGUAUACCAUAAGUUUCUUGAGUAACCUAUGUUUUAGAAGGAAAAUGAUUAGUGAAAACGAGAUGGAAGAAAGGUAUUUUAGAAAAGGACUUGGGUUUUCAAGUUCGAGGUUGUACGGCUUUCGUCGCUUUCCGUCGCCACCGCCACCCUCCUAUCACUCGCUCAGUCCACAUUCACAGCGUCAGUCCCCACCAUUCCCCCGGUUCUCGCCGUCGGCAGCUGGGUUCGACACCUCCGUUUCCUCUAUUCAAGUGACUCCGAUGAGGUAAAGCCCUCCAAUCUCCAUGAAUAGUUAAGUUAUACACGUUUAAUACACACACUAGUGAAUACUAAUUUGAUUAACACACUCUAAACAAACUUAUCAUUCAAUAUUUUGACUCUCAAAUCAUUAAUCAUUUUUGAAUAUAAUUGGCUGGUUUUUCUAAGCUAUUCCAAAUAUUCAGUAUUGGUUUGGAACAGAGCGUUUAGUAAGCUCAAUUGUCGCUAAUAUUGUUAUUUAAUUAAAAUAGUGAAUUUAAUGAUUUAGCAAAGGAAUAUUGGUUUUGAAUUCGACUCUCAAUCCCUAAUGACAAAUGUAAUGUUUUGCUUCCCACCAUCAUUACCCCAAUAUGCACAUGACCAAUUGUGGUGCAAUAUUGGUUCUGAAUGGUUAUUUGAUCACACUUCUAAGCCUAUAAAUUGCUACUUUGUCUAUCUCACUUUCUAUUUCUAUGUUUGCUUAUUUUAUCUAAAAGCAUGGAGGCUGAAACCCAAUAUUUGCCUCAAGAAUUGAUAAUUGCAAUUUUGUUGGGGUUGCCGGCGAAGUCUCUUGUACGCUUCAAGGUUGUGUGCAAGUUUUGGCGGUCUCUUAUAUCUGAUCCCGACUUUGCAAGAUCACAUUUUGAACUUGCUGCUCCUAAACUCGUGUUCAAUAUCGGUCUUGGUAUUGAAACCAAGGACUUAGAUGGAUCGCUUCACUCUAAUCUUAUUUCUAAACCAAUAUAUUAUGACUUUUUGUCUACCUUCUCUCCUUUCCGAAUUGUAGGUUCGUGUAGAGGCUUUUUGCUAUUGUGUUGUAAAGAAAAACGCCUCUACUUGUGGAAUCCAUCCAUACAUGUCCACAAACCAAUACCUCCAUCUCCUAUAUGGGCUGGUCUAUAUGGUUUUGGGUAUGAUUCAUCAAAAGAUGACUACUUGAUAGUUAUACUGUCCGGGACUAAGGGAUCAUCACCUUGUUAUUCACAUGUGCAAAUUUUCUCAUUGAGAGCUAAUUUGUGGAAACUAACUCAGGCUGCAGAUUCUCCUCACUUGAUCAACCUCCCUAAAGGAGAACCCGGGUUGCUCUUCAACGCGGCCAUUCACUGGAUAACUUAUGAUUAUAAUAAAUCAAUAGAUGUUAUUAUGGCCUUUGAUUUAAUGGAAAGGGAGCUUUUAGAGAUACCAGGGCCAGUUGAUGUUGCCCAUAAGAUAUCUUGGCAAUUGUGGGUCCAUGGAGAAUUUUUGAGUCUAUCUUGCUUGGGAAGUGAUACAAUUGAGAUUUGGGUUAUGGAAAAAUACAAAAUACAAUCUUCUUGGACCAAGUCUAUUGUUCUAUCUUUGAAUGGCUUUGAUUGGCAUUCCCCAAUAUGCUCCACAAGAACUGGUAUUAUUGUUAUGGAUGAUACAACACAUUUUGAAGGAAAACUGGUGAGGUUUAGUGAUGAAGGAGAACAGCUAGAGCAUUGUGUGUAUCCUGGUUAUCUAGAAUCCAUAGUGCCCAUGUAUACAGAGUCUAUUUUUUCCUUCCCUCUCCCUGAUGUCUGUGAGCAAAGCUGAAGAUGAUGACUGACAAUAACAAAGGAGAUUGAUGCUUAUAUCUUGUGGCAUUAUAUCAAGUAUUAAACUAUGAGAAGUGAUAAUGAUGAGAAAAAUGGAACUGUUUGGAAACAGAAUUAGAGUCAGUAUGAGUUAUGUUUGAGGACACUGGUUACAGAAUGCUUAUGGGAGUUAGUACAUGAAUUUAGCAUCUUUGUUUUACUUCAUCUAUGAAAUUAUUGUUUUACUUGUA